CCGACACCGAAAUAGUGAUUUUUUAAAACCACUUUUCGUAUUUAAUUACCCCAAAUAACUUCGUAUCAUAAAUUAUACGAAAACAAAAUUAUAAUUACGAAAAACUGUCAACCAGAGACAAACCCCAAAUACUUUCCACUUUUAUAACCAAAACACACUUCCGAGAACAGCCAAAAAUAUUUUUUUCCAAUCCAGAGACAAGAAAAUGCACAUUUUACUAAUUAAACCCACCCAUUGCUUACAAUAUGGACGCAAGAUUGUCCUAUCACAAAAACUCAUACAAUUAAGACGCGAAAAAUCACGAUUUCAAUACAUCGACGAAUAAACAGACAGACAUUACAAUAUAAUAAACUACCGACUAAAUAUAAUAAAAGCAAGAAAGUAUAAAUAGGAAAAAAAUUACUCCACGCCCCGCCCAGUGGUGGGCUUGGCGAGACCACGCCUCGGAGAGGGGGGCUGCCAGAGCCAUUUGCCAGUUCUGUUCGAUUCGCGCAAAGAGCCGGCGUACGAAACGUUAAAACCUUUAAUGAAAAAUUCAAUUAUCUGUCAAAAAUAUUUUUAAUCUGCAUUUUUCGUGAGAGUCGUUUAGGCGCGCGUUUUUGACAUUUUUAUUAAAGUUUUUUCGUAUUUAACGCGUUCGGUUUGUGAGUGCUGUGUGUGUGUUGUUUUUCGGAUAUAUGUAUAUAUAUGAUAUUAUGAAGGAUUGUUUUCUUGUUUCUAGUGGGAUUUUAUAGAAACAUGGCGUAAACUUCCCAAUCCAAUAUGGCUGCUGUAUCGUCAGCCCACCUUCAAAACUCCAGGAUUAAGAUACAAGAGCACAGCGAUGACGAGCCAUACUCCCCCAACACCAGAGACACAACCAGUCCUGAGUACCACGAUGAGGAGAAGCAGGAAGAAAGACCAGUCCUGUCAUCCUCCUUCGCCAUACACAACGUCUUAAAGAAGGAGCGAGACAGCCAUAGUCCAGAAAACGUCUUCUCAACCGACAAACUCUUACAAAACACACCUCAUUAUGAAGAUCUUAGAGAGGUGAACGAAAAUUCGCGCCAUUCUGACAAUAUCGACGAUGAAGACGAUCGAACGAAUGAAUCGAGAGCGGAAAUAGACGAUAACUCCUGCUGUAGCGAUGACACGGUCCUCUCAGUCGGGAACGAAGCGCCUCCGAGCUUCGAGGACAAAGGUCCAGAAACGUCACAGAACCUCACCUCAUUCAAACACAUACAGACGCACCUAAACGCCAUAUCUCAGUUAAACCAAAACAUCAACAUGAACCAGCCCCUCCUAUUACGACCUAGUCCUAUCACCCCAAAUCCUUUAAUGUUCCUAAACCAACCUUUACUGUUCCAAAACCCUCUAAUCAACCAAGUAGAUCUAAAAUCAGGCCUCCAAAAUCGAAUGCCUGUCCCACAAAGCAAUUUGAACCUAAACUCGCAGCCUUUCGGGCUAAAUUUCGGUUUGAGGAUGAAAUCUCAAAACCAGGACUUGCGAAGAACGGACGAAAAUAGGAGAAUGAAUUAUCCAUCUCCAAAAUCACCGGAAAACGAGUCCGGUCGAGAUUUUAUAAACCAGAAUUGUUUAAAGUUCAGUAUUGAUAAUAUUUUAAAGGCUGAUUUCGGGAGAAGGAUUACUGAUCCGCUCAAUAAGAGGAAAGUGAAGAGUAGGGUUGAGGCUAAGAUGUCGCCAGUGAAGGAGGUGUCUCCUUCCAAGAGUGAGGAGUCGAGGGUCCCGGACGUGAAGCCGGGGGAGAAGAGCGGAGCCAUCGAUCUGUCGAAAGGAGAGGACAGUGGAAGCAGUCAGAGUUCCGCUACUGGCACGACGAUGGCAGACGGGGCCAUGGUGUGGCCAGCGUGGGUGUACUGCACGCGUUACAGCGAUCGACCCAGUUCCGGAAGAAGUCCCAGAACGAGGCGCCCCAAGAAGCCGCCGGGGGAGGCCAGCGUGCCGGAUGAGAAGAGACCUCGCACCGCCUUCUCUGGACCACAACUAGCCAGGCUCAAGCACGAGUUCGCGGAGAACCGCUACCUGACGGAGCGGCGGCGCCAGAGCCUGGCCGCGGAGCUGGGGCUGGCCGAGGCCCAGAUCAAGAUCUGGUUCCAGAACAAGCGGGCCAAGAUCAAGAAGGCGUCGGGCCAGAGGAACCCGCUGGCGCUGCAGCUCAUGGCGCAGGGACUCUACAACCACAGCACGGUACCAUUAACGAAGGAGGAAGAGGAAUUGGAAAUGAAGGCUAGGGAGAGAGAGCAGCAGUUACAGAAUAGAGUGUAAGAGAAGAUAAGAGAACUUCUUUCUUAGAUCUUGAAGGGACACUUACAAGUUAGAUCAGGGAUGACGGCUGGAUAUGACAGGCAAAAACCUUGCAAGCCCGUCAGAAGAAGAAAAAAUAUGAAAUACGUAGAUAUUUUUGCCAAUAAAAUUUGACAAAGAUAAAUUGAUUUAAAGUUCAGGAGACGGAGCUUGUGAUGUAACGAUUUUGUAUGUAAACGCAAUCGUGACGUCAUGAAUAAGUUCCAUUUGAUAGAAUUUUAUAAAUUUAUUUUUGAGAGACAAAAGAAAAAUACGUAUCUAUUAUUGUGUAUUAAACUAUAAGAUGGACAUUGAAAAAGGAAAAUAGUCAUCAUCCCUAUUCCUGACUGUCAGCGAUUAAUUCUUUGUUCAGGUACAAGUUACAUAUAAUUUCAAGUAACUUUCAUAAGCAUAUUAAUUAUACUUAAAUGAUGCAACGGUUGACCUCCGGUUGGACCUGAAACUAGUCGGGCAAUCUCGAACUCGCGGAGUAAACCUUUGUAUCAUUUAAGUCACAUUUUUCAGCGUUUACACUAACGAAUCACUCAAAUGUAUUGAACUGACAAGUCAAAGUCACGUCACUUGUCGAAGAGGAAUGUCAUUCCGUACAUUUGAAGUUUUUUGUCUAAUACGAUAUUGCAUUGUAAAGGACUUUUGAUCGUACUUGGGAAGGAUAGAAAUGUAUUCCAACAGAUGGUUAAUUAUCUUUAUUGUUUAAAGAAGCUCUUAUAGAAGCACAAGUAUUAGAACCAAUGAUUAAUAUCAAUGGUAAUAACAUAAUAGGAUUUGAAAACUUAAGUUUCAUCAGUUGUCAGUACUUAUAAUAAAAGCUUUGCUAAGUUUGAGACUAGACGGCAAUGUGUGAAAGUAAUUAGUUUGCCAUUUUCAUACACCUUUAAUAAGAUGAUGGGCUGAUGAUGAUGGACAUCAUCAUCAUCGUCAGCCCAUAUUCGUCCACUGCUGGACAUAGGCCUCUCCAAUUGCACGCAUGAGAAGAUGAUAUAUUCUUUUAAUACCUUUUCUUUCUCCUUCUUUAAUAAUUUCAUUUUAUCUUCAUCUGUUAUAAGUGUCAUUUAAAGCUAAAUGCGGACAACAUCACAUAUAUUGUUCUGAACCCAAAGUAAGUUGC